GUAUCUGCGCAGGUAACGACGGUGAGGCACAGCAGCGUAUGGCAAUUGCUCUUCACCUCGACAACGCUCCCGUUGCUGUCUUUGACUCGGCUUACGACGCGUCGGUCGAGCCGGAGCGACUCCUCGCAGACGCGGUCGAGGUCUUUGUCGACGAGUCGUUCUUCAUCGCCGCAGAUGCCGCUCCCAGAGUCUGGCUCGAGGCCUUUGCCAAGCAUGUCUUUAAUGCUCACACUGCUCGCGCCGGCCUCCGCCCGGGCAUCGACUACGAUCCGGCCGCAUCCGGCGCAGAGUGGUGGGUCCAGAUCCGCCACCCGCCGUCGCCAGACCGCUCCGCUUGCCGCCACGACGAGCCCGACAACUCUAUCGGCUUCCACCACGACAAGGACGAGGAGCUGAUUGACGCCGGCAUUCCGCUCAACCUCACUCCGCACCUCUCGACUGUCACCUACGUCUCGGACGCCGGCGCGCCGACCCUUGUCCUUCCCAUCGCCUGCCCGCCCGACUACGGCGAGGAGGACUCGGUCUACGGCGCCUACGCCAGCGGCUGGGCCGUCUAUCCGCACGCUCGCCAGCACAUGGUUUUUGAUGGUCGCCUCCUCCACGGUGUACCGGCUGACAUGGUGCCGUCGACCGCGCCGGCCUCCACCCGCUGCACCAUCCUUGUCAACAUCUGGCUCGACUACACCCCGACCGGCCUCCGUGCUCUGCCACAGGACGCUGUGGACGCCCUUGAUUUGCUCUCGGUCGAUGAUGGGCCCACGCUUGCCCUUGGCGAGGCGACACCGGCAACUGACCUAGUCCUCGCCUCGGUCGCAGACCUGCAGACAAGGUCCUACACCCACGGCAACACCGGGACCGAGCACACCCUCACUCUCUCGCUCCCCGCCGAGCUCCCGCCAGAGCCCACCCCGCGCGCUCUGCACUUUGUCGGUUCCGACCUUGCUCCGUUCUGCACCUAUGCCGCGACACCGGCCGAUGAAGCGCGUCCAUCCAAGCGCCAGCACCUGCCGUAACGCUCGUUUACUCGAUCUUGAACACCUGCGGUUGCAUCGUCGGUGCCUCCUGGAUGUCUGCCGUCACAAACACCGGCU